AUGUCCGUCGUUGAAAUGGAGAAGGAUUCUCAACCAGAACAACCAAUGAGGUCGAAGAACUUCCUUCACCGCGUUGGCACAACGAUUUUAUUCGUUGGAACAUCCUUUGCUCUUAGCGUGUGCACCCCAAGAUUUCUUCCAUCAGCGGUGAAAGAUUUCGCUCCAACCAUCAUGUGGGGGUUCACGUGUUUUUGUGUCCGGAGAGCCUUCAAAAUGAUGAUGACGCUCGUGCUGAUUACGCAUCUGCUGGCAUCCGGAGCCUCACUAUGGUCUUGUGGGUUCUCCAACCGUGUUGCGAAUCGUGCCCUAAUAUUUCCCUCCUUUGCUUCGCUUGCAGCACUUCUCGCCACUUGGCGGUUACCGACGAUGCCUCUUGAACGUGCGAUUGGAGUGAGUCUGGUGCAGACAUGGUCCAUUUCUUGUGGUCUGAUUCUCUUUGCCGUAUUUCCUGCAACUCUCAUAUCCGGCAGCAACUGGAAUCAGGCCAAACGCGAUGCGCGCUUUGAUCAGGUUAUUGAACGUGCAACAGAUCAGCGGGUGGAGAGGUUUACCGUCCAAUCUACGGGUGGUGUUCAGUUGGAUGCCGUAGCGGUGAUGCCGGAGGACCCAACAGAGCACUGGGUUGCAUACUUUGGCGGGAAUGCGGAAAUAAUGGAAAACAGCACGGAGGAUAUGGCUUUUUCUAAUCACCUUGUGCAUGCUAAUUGGUUGUUUCACAACCCGCGCGGCGUAGGAAGAAGCAGUGGAUAUGUAUGUUGGGCUAACGACUUGGUGGACGAUGCCGAGGCUGUUGUGUGGGAAGCGGUUCGACGUUACAAUAUUAACCCCAAAAAUCUUAUUUUGUGGGGACACAGUAUUGGUGGCGGGGUUGCAGCUGCACUAGCAGGGCGCUAUAGCGAUUUCCCCUUCCCAGUGUUGUUGGAUAGGACAUUCUCGCGCCUUAGCGAUGCUGCCGUGUCCUUCUCACCGUUUCCUGCCACUGUGACAAGGGGUGCUAUUAAGGUAACAACAGGUGACCUUAAUGUUGUUAAGAGCUGCCGCAGUUUGAAGGGUCGUAAUGUGUUGGUUAUAUUCCACCGCUCGGAUGAAAUAAUUCGGUUCAAUAUUUCCUCAAUCGCACGUCCCACUGCGGUAAAGAAGUCGGGUUUAAAUAAAAGUUCGUUUUUGGAGCUCCAGAGCACGUUCGUCCCCUCUCCUCACAACACUCCACUGGAUUAUUUUCCUGAGGUGACGCAGAUACAAAGGCGUAUCAUUCAACUUUAUGAAUAA